UCUCCCCCUUUCGUAAUAAAAAAAUAAAUAACACUUUUUUGAUAUUUUCAACGACUGUUAAAAAAUAAAUAAAAAAUAAAAGCUUAUAAAGAAAGAAAUAAAACACUUAUAAAGUUAUCUCUUGCUUUCCUGUUUAAAAAAUAAAAACUUAUAACGUUCUCUUUCUUUCGGGCUUAAAAAAAAUAAAUAAUUUUUUAUAUCUGCAAAAAAUUAAUAAAUAAAAUCUUAUAAAUAAAAAAUACAUACAUAUAAAAAAAGUUAUUUCGUGUUAAAAAAAUAAAUAAAAACACUUGAAAUCCACAACGCCUGUUAAAAAAUAAACAAAAUAUAAAUAAAAUAUAAGACAAAGCUAACCUCUUCCUUUUGUGUUAAAAAAAAUAAAUAAAAACAUUUAUUUCAAAUCUACAACGCGUGUUGCAAAAAUAAAUAAAAUAUUUAAAUAAAUAAAUAAAAGCUUAUAAAGUUACGUCUUUCUUUCGUGUUAAAAAAAUGAAUAACACUUUUUUGAGAUCUUCAACGUCUGUUAAAAAUUUAAAUAAUUAAAAUCUUAUAAAGUUACCUCUUGCUUUCGUGUUAAAAAAGCAAAUAACACUUUUUUGAGAUCUUCAAUGCCUGUUGAAAAAAUAAAUAAAAACAUUUAUUUAAAAUCUACAACAAAUUAAAUAUUUAAAUAAAUAAAUGAAAACCUAUCAAGUCACCUCUUCCUUUCAGUUUUAAAAAAAGCGAAUAAAUAAAAAUUUACAAAGUUACCUCCUGCUUUCGGGGUUAAAAAAAAGCACUUUUUUAUAUCUGCAAAAAAUUUAUAAAUAAAAUAAAUAAAUUAAAACUUAUGAAGUUACCUCCUCAUUUCGUGUUAAAAAAAUAAAUAAAAACAGUUUAAAUCAUAAACAUAAUAUUAUAAAUAAAAUGUAAAGGGCAAAACAAUAACACUUAGAAAGUUAACCUCUUUCUUUUGUGUUAAAAAAAAAAGAAAACACUUUUGCAAAAAGAAUGUAUAAUUAUGAAGUUACCUAUUCCUUUCAUGUUGGAAAAAUAAAAGUUUUAAAACCACCUCUUUUGUGUAAGAAAUACAUAAAAGCUUAAGAUACCUCUUCUUUUCAUGUUACAAAAUAAGCAAAUAGAAAUUCUUUGAUAUUUACACGGCCUGUUAAAAAAAUAAAAACUCAUGAAGUUACCUUUCGUAAUCCUCCUGUUUGGGAGAGGGCUACCUUUUUUGAUUAUAACGUUUGGCUAAAUCGGGAUGCCCGGGAUGAUAUUCUCCGGGUCUCAGAGAAAUAGAAUACUCCCUUGAAUGACUCCUUUUGCUAGGAGAUUCGUACAGCGGGUAGUCAUGUUCGCGACCUUGACUUCUACUUCUGCUCUUACUAAUUCUUCGAUUAGUUCUCGAUCUAGUCCGACUUCUGCUUUGCGACUACUUGAUGGCACAGAAACAUUCGAUCGAGUGAAAACAGCGGUUUUCCUCAAACUUUUGGUUAACUUUGAUGCCCGCUCCGAAAAUGGGAAGUUUCGUAAUCUUAACGGCACCUGACAGUAGCAAAAAAACCGAAGUCAACGUUUGAUACAAACUCUUUUUUUAAAUAGUUAAACACUUGCCAUCCUCUUUGGAUAUUUUUGGUGUUUAGCCUCAUUGAAUAAAAAAUAUCCUCAAAAGAAAAAAAAAGAUAUAUUUGAGAUUACUUACAAACCACAAGGGGAAUCCCGAACAAGUGGUCUUUUCAUGUCUUCUCGACAGAUCACAAAAACAAGGAACUAAUUAAAGUUUAAUGAACGGUGCAAUAGAAACAAAAAUUAAACAAUUUUCUUCUUAAACUGCUCUUCAUUCUUAUUAAAACGUUAAUCUCGAAAUUAUAUUUAACAAAAAAAAAAAAUUACUGUUGUCCUUUAAAAAUUGGAUACGUCCUUCUGUUCUUCUUGUCUUCCUUUUUCUUUUUUGCAUCUGUGCGAUCUUUGAUAGUUUCAAGAGAGCAAUUGUAGAAACAAAUUACUUUAUUAAGGUAUUACCCACAUAUUAAUUUAAAUGAAAUUAUCAACUACAAUUAACAUAAAUAAUAAUUUUCAUAUCGAAGAGUUACUUAACUAUAAUUAUUGAGUAUUGCAAAAUCUUUGCUCGCAAAACAUGAUGCUUUAUAAAGACAAAUUAUGAUUAUUACCAUUUCGAUAAUGAACGUGAGCGCUAAUUUUGGCCGAAUCGUUUAUACUUCGUUGUAACGGAGACUGAGGAGUGGUUGCAUUUACAUUAUCUCUGCGUAUCUGUCCCUUAAGUUUUCUUAAUUCGUGUUUAUCUUUCAAUAUUGGAAAUUCAUCCCUGAAAUCAAUAUCAACGAUCGAUUUGGAAAGAGCAAUGUACUCAAACUCAAAUCAACGACUUAUUAAGCAACACUAAAUAUUAAACAAAUUAAUGUGUUACUGGUACAACCCAAUACGUAGCACCUAUUUUGAUAAAAUCAAGAUUCAAUAAAAAACAGAACACAGCUAAAUAUACUAACUAGAACAGAAAACAUAACAUAUAGACACAACAAUAAUUCAAAUUCAAGGGAAUCUGAAUGGUCGUGCGGACGUUCGGAUUCAGUGGCACUAUUGUCGCUGUUGGCAUCAAAAAGUAUAGAAAUGAACGAUUGAAAUGAUUCGGUCGUUUUCGAAAUCGGUCACUGAUUGAUUCGGUCCUCGUAAAAUGAACGAUUGAAACAAGACUAGGCGAAAAUGGGUGAAUGGCCAUUUCAAUAUUGACCAGCGGAGAGAAAAUCUUUUAGCGCUCUCUUGUUCUGUGACUAAUGGGCGAAUGGUACCAGUCAAUUCGCCUAACUAUUUGAUGGAUAAAAAGUGGGAACUGGAAGUUGUUCUGUGGGCUAGCAGUCUUGCCCAACUGUAUUAGUGACACGCAUUAUUGAAUUGAAUUGAAUUGUUCUGUGGGGACGAUCGGGGUUUCAUGCUUUUUGUUUACGAGCCCAAUAAUAAGAAGAGCUGCUAUUUUUUUUUGGCGCCAAAUGCGCGACGAAAACGCGAGCAGAAUGAACGCCAAUGGGCCGACAUAAAACGCUCAGCGUUUGACGGACGUUCAAAACCCUUCAGCAUGAUUAGGAACAUCGGUAUCGUUGUUUUCUGUUCAGCGUUGCGAUUUUCCGACGGAGUUUUUGAUGCGUGUUCGGCCGGGUCCCAUUUUCACGAAGGUGUGUGGGCGCACGGAGUGUUAUCCGAAGACUGUUUGGCGGUUCACUUUGCGGAAAACGAAAAGCUCAACGCGCGCUUGGGUUCGGUCAGGGUGAGCGCCUAUCCCGACAAGGGGUACCUAUCUCUAAACAUAUCUUUCAUCGACGUGAAGUGGACCGAGGCGUUGUUAAGAUUGUCGAGGGUCGGGGACGCUGGCGAGAGCGUUUGCAGAAAGUACUCGGUUGACUUCGGGAACCCCGCCGGAGAGGCGCAGGACUCGUGCCUCGCGAUCGACCGGGCGGGGAGUUACGUGCUCGAUUUUAAGGCGGACUUUAACGCGGACACCCUGUACAAAAAGAUUACGUUCAGAACGCCGCCGGCAGCGUCAUUCGACGACCGCCUGCCGCUUGCCGAACGCGCCAUAUUUUCGAGCAUCGAUUGCAGCAGCAACUACAGGAUAGUACUCGAGAUCCAGCGCCUGCCUCGUUCCUACCGGGUGACUUACUACAAGGUCGAGGUAUUUCGUGAAAACGGCGACCGCGCGCUCCUCCUGGACGUGAGGAUGUUGCCCGCCGCCGGCGACGAACGCGUGUCUUUCGAAUACAUCACCUACAACGACGAGGGCGUUUACUUUUUCGCCGUUUCGGCGAUCGGCGACGCCUGCCCCGAGGACGCGUGUACGAAAACGGAAUCGGCACGGGUCCACGUCAAAAGAAAGUAUCCGCCCCUAGUGAUCGGGAUCGUGGGCGCGAGUUUUCUGAUCCCAUUCGUCUUGUUCGUGAUCCACGUGUGGACCAGACGAAACCGGUCCGCAGAGGAGUCGGAAGGGCGUCAUCGCGACAAAUUGUACGUGGUGUGUAGCCAGACGCCCCAAAAACAUUAUUUGGUGGUGAAAUCAUUGGAGAAGGUUCUGAAGAGCCUGACCGGCGUGCAAAUGGUGAAAGAGGUCGGGCAGGCGACUCACGUGCUGUACGUUUGCGGGGCCCACGUUCCCGAACCUGACCCGUCGGUCUACAAGUACCUGGUGACGGAAUUGUCUAGGGGCGUGGUCCUGUUGGACGUGUUCGUGGUCCUGUUUCCGUAUUCGGCGCGCGACACGCCUCCUUACCUCAAAAAUUGUCCCCGUUUCGAGCUAAUGGAGGAUUUCGGAAAGUUCGUGCAGAUUUUCAACUGCGAAGCGGAGGACGUUUCCGCGGACCCCCACUACGCCGAACUGGUCAGGAACGUGAAGAUCGCGCAGGUGCAGGCGGAACCGGCCAAGAUCUCGCUCAACAUGCCCGUCAUAAUAAUAACCGAACAAUCGGACGGGUCAGACGCGGAGGUCGACGAUGGUCUGCUGUGACCAGCAGGCCUAUCAAACGGGCCAAUUUUUUUUUAAAUGGUUGAUGAAAUCUGUCGGAAUGACGAAACAUCGCGAAAGUUCGAGUCUUCAGUGUUAGUGGGACGAAGUCUAACGUCUGUCUAAUAAACUUUAACUCUUUCAUUAUGAAAUAUUGUAACUAACAAACAACUUCAUAUCCGAAAAAGAAGAAUAUUCUAUUUACAGAUCUUAGUACAAUACAAAUCAGUUUGCGUUCUACCUUGCAUCUGCUUAUAUA